AUGAACAGCAAUUCUGGGCCUAAUAUCCUCGCCAAAAAGGCAAAACUCCCAAAGGAAGAAGAAAAUCCUGCCGUUACCAAGAAUGACGAAUCGAGCCCUAAGGUAAAUGACAAGGCUAUUGGAACCAUCAACAUUGGCCAGAUAGUAGAUUCGAUCGCUGCAGUCAAAGGCCUAGCAUUCACCAGAACAAGCUUUAUGAAGAAUGUUGGUCAGUAUAUGCUCAGCACUGCGGUUGGCCUGUCGCGCCUGUCGCGCCCUUUGAUGCUUGACCUAAAGCUCAGCAGUACCCUCUGCCUGUGGGACAACUUGGCGGCACUCAACCUCUAUCGCACCCUUUGUUAG